AUGAUCUUCGUUCCUGAGCAGGAUGUGCCGGCGCUCAACAGGAUGAUCGAGGCAUCCGGGAAAUCGGGCAAUGUGAAGCAGGCAGAGGCGAUCUUCCGUGGAAUAUCGAUCGACACGCGCGACAAUUUCUCCUGGAUCAUGAUGCUCUGCGCGUAUUCCCAAAACGGGCAUCCGGACGAAGCAAGGCUCCUCUUCGACGCGAUGCCCACUCGCGAUUGCGUCGCCUGGAACGCGGUGCUCGCCUCCUACGCACACAACGAUCAGCUGGACAGGGCAGUGGAGGUUUUCCACGCGAUGCCGCGACGGGAUCUAAUCUCCUGGAAUUCGAUGCUCGCGGCAGUCGCCCGGCUGGGAUCGCUCUCCCAGGCCAGGGAUAUCUUCGACGAGAUGCCCGCGAGAGAUCUGGCAUCCUGGAACUCGAUGCUCGGAUCAUACGCGGAAAACAAGCUCUUGGAAGACGCCCAGGCCCUCUUCCAGCAAAUUCCGUCGCGCAAUAUCAUCUCCUGGAACAUUAUGAUCCUGGCAUAUUCCCGGAAUGGGCAUCCCGAUAGAGCCCAGGAGCUGUUCGAUCGAAUUCCACAGAGGAAUCUCAUCACCUUUAGCGCCAUUUUCUUUUUCCACACACAUACCCGAGCAUCCAUCCUUGAUGCUGAGAAUCUUUUUUUAUUCUACUUUCCAGAAUGGGAUAUUAUAUCCUGGAACUCGAUGAUAGCGGCAUAUGCCCGGGAAGGGCAUAUUGGCGAGGCUUUAAGAACCUUUGACAAAAUGCCGCAUAGAACUAUAGUCUCCUGGAACACACUCCUGGAAUGCUACGUUUUAGAUGGAAAUUCUAGCGAGGCAGAGCUUGUGUUUUCGAAAAUGCCGCAACACAAUCGAGUCUCUGUAACUUGGAUGAUCCUUCUCUAUGCCCAACACCGGCAAUUUGAUCGAGCUAGAAAACUCCUAAACGAGAUUCCAAUCCGGGAGCCUGUUUCAUGGAGCUCUCUCAUGAACAGCUACGCGGAGAAUGAAAAACUUGAGGAGACAAAGCAAAUGUUUGAUGAGAUCCCGCAGCACAACACAGUCGUGAGCAACUGUCUUCUCUCGGCAUUUGCCCAAGGCGGGCAUUUGGAAGACGCAAAAGAGGUGUUUGAUCGAAUUCCAGAGCUCCAAAAAGAUGUAAUCUCUUGGACGACUUUGAUGGUGGCGUACUCCCGAAAGGGUCACUUACACUACACUUACUUUCUCUUUUCAAGGAUUCCAUGGAAGGAUUCCCUGGCCUGGAGUUCCAUGGUGGCGGCAUAUGCCCGAAACGGGCAUAUCCACAAUGCAAGAAGAUUCUUUGAUACGAUACCAUGGCAGCAUUGCUGCUUGUUAGCAUGGAAUUCUCUCAUGGCAGCGUAUGCCCAUAAUGGGCAUAUCACGGAUGCGUUCUUUACGUUUCAUAGCUGGUGCUUGAGUGGAGUUCCCGACGAUGAGUUCUUCGUUUGUGUGCUGAUCGCUUGCAAGUAUGCUGGAAAGUUGGAGUGUGGAAGAUCUUACUUCGUUUCAAUGCAAAUGGAUUACCUUUCUCGUCCAACCAAGCAGCACUUUGCUUGCAUGGUUGAUUUGCUUUGCAGGGCCGGUUACUUGGAAGACGCUCGAGAUCUCAUCAAGAGCAUGCCUUAUGUUCCGGACAUCUUGGAAGAGACGAGCGUUUUGAGUGUCACUAAUCUUCACAGUUCUUAUCUUUUACAACCAGUGGUCAAGCGAUGUUAG